CCAAUGAGAGAGAGAUAUCGUGGCGCAAGUGCAGUUGCGUUUGGAUACAAUUGGCAACUCUGCGUUUUUCCGGUAAAAUUUGAGGGAAAGGAAUCAUCUGUGGAUGUCAAAAAAUCACAACCAAAAGAAGAAGUUGAUAAUUAUUUUCAUCAAUAUAAUAAAAAUGUCAAAAUCAACGUCAUGGGCUCGAACUCGUCCUGCGUUGAAAGAGCUUAUGUCACUUUUAAGCUGUAUGAAGUGCAAACAAAGGCCAACAGAACCUAUAAAAUUCACAACAUGUGAUCAUAAUUUUUGUCGCAAUUGUGUAUAUAAUGAUUCGGAAUGUUUUGUUUGCGGAGUUCCUGUUAAUCCAUCGGACAUUCGUCACGAUUUUAUUAUAGCUAAUAUUAUUUCGGCCUGUGAUUCAAUUGUGGAUAUUGUGUUUAACAAUGGUAAUGCCGAAGAUUUUAUUGAUGAUCAAAUAGAAGAACCAAUAACAGAGAGAAAAAAAGUUAACAACGUGAAAGAAGUUGAAAAACAAAAAGAAAUUUCUAAAUUUCAAAAUAUUGAACGACAAAAUGAGGAUCAAGAAAUUAAUGAUUCAGAAGUUGUGAUAGAUUUUGAUGAAUUACUUUCAUCAACGAGAUUAUCUCAAGCAACAACUACUAAAUCAAAACAUAUUGUAUUAUCAGAAAUUAAAGAAACAUCGUCUUCCAGUCAAACUAUUCAUAAUACACGAUCAAAACAUACUGUAUUGUCAGAUAUUAUUAAAGAAACACCAUCUUCCGGUGAAAAUGAAAAAACUAAAUGUUCUGACGCUGAUACUGUGUUACUUAAUGAUUCAUAUGGAUUUGAAACUAUGAAAAGUAUAGAUAUUAAAGAAUCUAAAAAUAAAAGGACAACAACGUCUAAAAAAACAACGAGUAGAAAAAAAAGUAAUUCAUUGACAAAAGCUCCAAAGAUUCCAAAGAAUAUUAACAGAAAAAAUAGAAGAGGAGAAACACCUUUACAUCAGGCGUGCGUAAAGAAUGAAAUAGAAACUGUAAAAAUAUUAUUGGAAAAUGGCGCGAAUCCAAAUACAAAAGAUAACGCCGAUUGGACACCUUUACAAGAAUCUGUAAAUAAGGGUUAUUAUGAAAUAAGUAAAAUGUUGUUAGAAAACGGAGCUUGGCCUGAUACUCCUGGACUUGAUAAUAGAACAGCUCUUCAUGAAGCAGUGAUAAAUAAUCUAGAGAAAUUAGUUAAAUUAUUAUUACAAUUUAAUGCCAACCUAAAUGUUUUCGAUCAAGAAGGAAAAAAACCCAUUGAUUAUUGCAAAUCUGAUGAAAUAAAACAAUUGCUAUCCCAGGAAAAUUUAAUGAAUGACUCGCGAGAUCUCAAUUGUUCCUUAAAUUGUUCAUUUCUUUCAACAACUGAUAAAUUUAUUGUAUUCGCAUGUAAUUUACAACUAUCAACAAAAAAAUCAUUAACUACAUUGGCAUUGAAGCAUAAAUUGAAAAUUGUAACUUCAUUUCAAUCAAAUGUUACGCACGUUGUUGUUGAAAGUGGUCAAACAAUUUUUCUCAAUUACGAUCUCUUAUUAUCAGUUCUUUUUGGGAAAUGGAUAUUAAGUUGUGAAUGGAUUGACAUUGGAUUAACUCUUGAAUAUCAGGAAUUUAAAGAAAUGGAUUUAGAUGUUUUUGAAAUAAAAUUUUCUCUCAACGAUGAUGCACCGAGGCGUGCGAGAAUAAAUGCAGAAUUACAGAAACCGAAAUUGUUUAACAAUUGCUCAUUCUACUUUGCGUUGAAUUCACAUGAUGAAUAUCAAGUGGGACAAAUGGAAUUAUCAAAGGAAAACUUGGUGCAAUUAUGUCUUGAAGGAGGAGGAUGUUCUUUAUCAAGAGAGCCAAAUCCCGAAGGUAUAACCGAUCAACGAAUUCCAUUUCACGUUGGCGAUGAAAAUCAUCCUCUUCAUAAUUGUUCUCAUUAUAUUAUUUAUUCACCUGGAAAAGAUGAGCCACGCGUCAAAUAUAAUAUGCCUCACAUUAAGACAUUGCCGCUUGUUUGGUUUAUAGAAUGCAUUGAAAAAUUCACGCUCGUCGAUCCAGCGAUCUUUGGAUAUUCUUCAAGAAUUUCGAAUUUUCAUUGACGAGUUUUAAGGCGAAAUUUUGUUUUUUAUUGUUAUAAUAUAAUUAAAUGUUAUUUAAUAUUACAAUGUACGAGCUUAUAAUAAUUUAUAAAAAAAAGGAGAAAAAAUGCCAUACUUAGUAUUUAAAAGAUUAUAAAAAGUUAUUAAAAUUAUUAGUUUAAUAACAAUGCAUUUAUAAUAAUAUUUAUUCAAUCAUGCAAUGUAUUGAGGAUAUUUUGUUUCAAAUGAAAAAAAAUACAUAUUUUUUUAUACAGGAAUAAAUUGUUAUUUAAAAUUA